AUGGCGAGAGAAAACGUAACCCGGGCACCGAGGAGGUGGUCUGUUCUGGAGGACUACAUCCAUCAGCUCACUCCUUAUGACAAGUUCGUCUCCAGCAUCGGCAAGAAUGGGCGACCUGCGAAAUUCGAGACCGUGGACAUGGCCGACCUCACAACCAUCGGCUCGCUACCGGGAAAGACGGGCGCGAGGGUCGUCACGAGAAGGUCCUCCGGCAUUUGCCCGACGUCGAGAUUCGUCUUCAAAGGCAUCGACUUUGAGAGCUACAAGAGAGACGGCAGAGACUUCAGAGAACAUCAAGAGAAGACGCUCCUCCACGAGAUCCGCACCCUGCACGCCCUCCCGCCCCACCCGAACAUCAUGCCCUGUCCCAGGACUCUCGUCGUCGUGCAGGACUGCGACAACAAGCACCGCAUAUGCGGCUUCCUGCAGCCCGCCAUGGAGAAGGACUCGGUCGACGAGCAGAUCAUGCGCGCGAACAGGGCGGGCCGGCGCCUCCCGGCCAAGCUCAAGGCCAAGUGGUGCUACCAGAUGGCCCUGGCGAUCCAGCACACGCACCAGGUCGCCGAGAGCUUCCACAUGGACCUCAAGCCCGGCAACAUCCUUGUCGACGACGAGAACAAUCUGCGCCUUAUCGACUGGGAACAGAGCGGCUUCUCCAUGUUCACACACCCGCCCGAGAUCACCGUCGAUCAGGAGGCCGAGGAGGAGUCGCGCCCCGGCACCGCUGUCGACGGCAGCGGCUGCGGCAGCGGCGGCGGCAGGCCGAGGAUCAUCUACACGCCGCACGUGGGCGGGCCGCGCAGGAACCAGAAGUGGGGGUUCCCGGACUGGAACGUCCUCCCGGAGUGGAAGACGACAUGCCCGCGGGCUGCGGAGCUGGCCGAGGUCUUCAGUCUCGGCAGGACGAUGUGGAUGCUGCUGGAGCAGGUCGAGCAGUCCGCCGAUCGGGCCCGGUGGACAGCGGCGGCGAGGGACGUGCCGGAGGAGUGGAAGAACAUGGUGAUGCGGUGCAUUGAGAGGGACCCGAACAACAGACCCGAGUUGGACGAGGUCGUGGCUUUUUGGCGGAGACAAGUUUAG